CUAUGAAGACCACAGCCGUGAGCCCGGGGCAACAAUAACGUACGGGAGAGUGUCAGAGGCACGGGGACGCGUUCAGGUGCAGUUGGUUCCCGGACACGUCUGAGGAGGAAAGAAGAAAAAGAAUAUCCUGGAUUUAACCUUUGACCUGGUGAAGGUAUCACAGCCUCCAGCUUCAAACUGUCAUCAUUAAUGACAGACAACAUUCACCUGUGUCCCUGGCCGUGCAGUUACUCCUUGCACCACUGUGUCGCCAUCGCUGGUUGCCGUAUUUCACACUUAUCCUGAAAGAGGAAGAAUGUGUCUAAUCCCCAGAUAAACUACAGGAGGUGACGUCGUAGAUCUGGAGCAACAAACAGGAUCACGUUAUAAGAUGCUGCUCAAAAACCUGAGCUGGAAGGAAACAAAAUGUUGAAAGUCUUCUCCUUUAGCCUUCCGUUCUCAUGAAGCCAACACAGAGAUAUGGGCGUCCUCAGAGCGGCAGCCAGAAUCAUGGGUCGGAUCAGUACUUUCAGGUCCUAUCAGUUUGUGCUCCUCGUUGCUGCUGCUCUCGCAGUUGUAGCUUUCUACUACUUUGGCUCUGAGAAGCAGAACUUCUCCAGCACCACAAAGAGGAUCCGACAGACCCAGGCCAGCCACACCAGUACCAACAGAAAUGACGCAGACCUGACUUUGGACACCGGGCUACCACGUACCCCUGGGUCCGAGGAGCAAAGAGGCAAAGAUGCAGAUGCAGGAGGAGAAGCUGCGGAGAGUGGAGCUAGCUUAGCUGCUCACCAACACUACCACGCGCUCAUGAUGUUCACAAAGGUGGACAAGAGCCGCAGUCUGCAGGACAAGUUCCGUGUUGCCAUGUUGUCUAUGGUGAAGCAUGCGCUCUUCCAGGACGGGGAGGUGCUGGUGCUGCACUUUGUGAGUGACCAGGCCAGCAGAGACCUUGGAGAGAGGAUGCUGCAGGAAUGUCUCGUUGAUGCUACAUUUAAGUACGAGGUGCAGUUUCAUGACGUGCUGCUGCUCACACAGAAGCUUUUCCCCAUAGUGGAGGCCAUGCAGAAGUACUUCAGUGCUGGCUCUGGAGCCUAUUACAGUGACGCCAUCUUCUUCCUGUCUGUGGCCAUGCAUCACAUCAUGCCUGACAGUCUCAUGCGAAUUGUGCAGCUUGACCUUGAUCUGAAAUACCGCACCAACAUCAGAGAGCUUUUCCUGGAGUUUGACCGUUUCCCUCCCGGAGCGGUGAUCGGCAUCGUCAGAGAGAUGCAGCCCGUUUACAGACACACCUUCUGGCAGUACCGUAAGGAGAAUCCCAGGACCAGAGUGGGCGAACCUCCUCCUGAGGGUCUGCCGGGCUUCAACAGCGGUGUGAUGUUACUGGACCUGAAGGAAAUGAGAACCUCGGUUCUCUACAACCAGCUGCUGAAGCCCGAUAACGUGGCCGCGUUGGCCGACCAGUACCGUUUCAGGGGUCACCUGGGCGACCAGGACUUCUUCACCAUGAUCGGCAUGGAGCAUCCGGAACUCUUUUAUCCUCUGGCCUGCGGCUGGAACCGACAGCUGUGCACCUGGUGGAGGGAGCACGGCUACGGGGAUGUGUUCCAGCUGUACUAUCGCUGCCAAGGACCAGUUUUCAUUUAUCACGGUAACUGUAACUCCCCGAUACCAGAGGGCUGAAGAUGACCAAAGGUUUUACCCUGGUGUUGAUGCUGGUUUCUGUCUUUUAACAUGAUGUUUGAGCAGCUGAACACAAUUAAAUCAUGAAUAAACAAACAGUACAACGUU